GGUUAGCAUACACAUGCUUAAAUUAUAGAAGUGAUACUAAUAUAUGUGCGAUUUGCUUAAAUUUAAGUAUCGUUUAAGUUCAUUAUAAGAGCGCCGAUAAUUUGUCAAAGCUGUUGUUUAUUUCUCUCGAAUAAGCGCGACACAGUCAGCGAUAAAAUAAGGGACGAAAACUAAAAACCAAAUCGGUUGUAGUCCACUUUUAUCUCUCGAGUAAUUUUAAGGCAUAAUCAUGGAAAAAUAUUUAAGAAAGAUUAAAAAAAAAAAUAACUUUAUGUGCCGCGAGAAAACUAUAGCACAGCUGUACUCUUUGAUCGGCGAAGCGGAUGAACCGAUGCCAGAGAGCAUAUUCGUUUACGGGCAUAUGGCCACUGGGAAGUCGUUGAUUAUACAAAGCCUGCUUGAUCAUUUAAACUAUAAUGUUAGCUAUGUUAACUGCAUAGAGCAUUUAGGUAGUAAACACAUAUAUAACUACAUCCUGGACGAUUUAGCUGCAUCUAUGAAAGAAUCAAAUGGCGACACACAGCUGAAACGCAACUGCGACAAUAUUAUGGAUUUUAUACUUGCACUUAAAAAGAUUUCUCACAAUGACAAACGUCCGAUCGUGUUAGUAUUUGACAAAUGUCACAAGAUACGGCAUUUCGAUGUUACCUUUUUGCCAGCGAUCUUAAGACUCAGGGAAUUAUCCGGUAUUAAUGUAUGUACGAUUUUGAUAAGCGAGAUCGCGUGGGAUAAAUUUAACACCAAGAUAGGCGCGUUGAAGCCGAUAAAGAUUUAUUUUCCGCAGUACACGAAGGACGAAUUAGCCCAACUGCUAUUACUGGACAAGCCAGCGAAUUACGAUACGGAUUUCUAUAAGAAUUACUUGAAUCUCUUCCUUUCCGUAUUUUUCCGAUUUUGUAGAGAUCUAAACGAGCUUCGGCACAUGGCCAGGAUAAAUUUCGCUAAAUACGUAGAGCCCGUGGAAAGUGAGCGAAUCGAGCCGAAUAAUGUUGCCGCCCUGUGGCGAAAUAUCUCUGCCACCUUGAGAUCAAAUUUGGAAAUCAUUUAUCUUAGGGUUUCCACGGGCGACUUUUUGCAGCCCGAUCAUCAAAUGUCCCGGGAAAUCGAGUCGACGACAAAGCUAGCGUUGAGCUUCGAACUACCGUUUUACGCGAAGUACAUGCUGAUCGCGGCGUAUCUAGCUUCGUACAAUCCCGCGAAGUAUGACAAACAUCUUUUCAUGAAGCACAGCGGUAAGAGGAAGAAAAAGAUACGGUCGAUUAAGCGGAAAGUGGAAGCGAAUGUGCAAAAGAAAGCUCGGGUAUUCACCAUCUCGAGGAUGCUCGCGAUUUUCUGCGCUAUCCUCGACGAAAGAGUAGACGUCAAUGCUAAUUUACUCGCCCAAAUAUCUACCAUGUGCCAGCUUGGUCUGUUAUCUAUCGUCGGUGAUAAUGUCACGCAGUUGGAUGAGACGAAAUUCAAGUGCUGCGCAAGUCACGACUUUAUUGUCGUCGUAGCUAAAACGAUUGGCUUUGAAAUAAAGAAUUACUUGAGCGUGAAUAUGGAUUGAAUUUUUGCUUCAUUACAUACAAACAAUUCAUUAUAUUUUCAGUUUUUAAUUAUAGUUUCACGUGUGCUUGUUUCUAACAGCUUUGCCUAACGCUUUAUUAUAUGAACACUUCUUAAGUUUAAGUAAUAAAGAAAAAAAACCUUACGUAUUUAUAUUAGAUAUUUAUGUUAGAAUUAGGUUUUACUUUUAUACAUGAAGUAUGUAAAGUUUGUAUCUCCCGUGAAAUAAAUUUAGAUUAUGAGAAAUA